UUAGAUUGGCAAUAAUACUUAAUAUUUUUGCACAAUUUUUAAAGAUGUCUGGUAGAAGAGGGAGAGGAAGAACCCCAAGAAAAUAUGGUAAGGCCAUGGAACAAAGAAUACGGGAAGAAGAAGAAAGAACUCAGAGAGUAAUUGAACAAUGGAAGCGAUGACUGGUUGUUGCUGACGAAGAUCUAGGUGUAACUUGCCCGAUUUGCACAGAGGUGUCUCUUUACCCAAUGAAAUCAACGACUUGUGGGCAUUCUUGUUGCCUAAUUUGAUGGCGGUCGAUAUUAAAGGAUAAAUAAAUGCCCAAUGUGUAGAGGAAAAGUUACUACUAAUAAUCUCAGGCUUGACAGUGAUGCUGAAGAUAUUAUCUGACAGCUUCCUUGAAGCUGCCGCAAUCAGGGGUGCACUUGGAAAGGAAAUGUCUCUGAAUUUAGAAAUCUCCAUAUUGAAAACUGCCUUCAGAAUUUCGAGAAGUUGCCCAAGUGGGUAAAAGAGCUUAAUGAUAAAUAAAAGUGAAGUUAUUACAGUAGAAGAUGAAUACCAGCGAACAUCUGAUACUCUUAAUCUUCUCAGAGCUCUGCCUACAGGCUCAAUAAUUACAAGAGCUUAUCUUAGGAACCAAGAUGGGCGUGAAGGCGAAGUCUUUGAAGAUUUUGAGCAGGAGAUUACAGAGUCUCAAAGAAAAGUAGACCAAGGAAUUACCUCUUUCACUGAAGAUUUACUGAAAAUACGUCAAAAUAUUGACGGAUUGGCAGUCGGGUUUGAACGAAUUACUAAGCAACAUACUCCUACAAAAACUCUAAUUGAUGGUAAACUCUCUCAAGAAGAGGAAAAGGAAGGCAUCAAAAAGAACGAUGACGACCUGGCUAUUGAUUUUGAUGAGUCUGAGGAUAGCAAAUCUUCUGAUGAUUCUCCAGACUCAAAGAAUUCAAUAACUCUUCAAAAUUUAACAAAGUCUUCUGGAAAAUAAGCCUUCUCCAUUUAUGAAGCACCAAGCUGUAGUCAAGAGGAAAGAGAAAAUGGUCAACAUGUUUGAAAAAGAGACUAUCACUCAUCAAGAAUCUAAAAAGGUGUACAAAAGGUCAAUUUCUCAGAUCCCCCGUCAGGAGACUAAACUCUUAAACAAAGUUGACAAAAAUUUCAAAAUGCCCAAGAUAGACUUCAAGGAACAAAUGAACGAGUUUGCCGAUCAGUUUGAAUGUGAACACAAGAACGAGUACUCCUUCAAGAGAAAAAGGAGGUUCAACGAGAUCAAUAAUGACAAGGAAGAAGUCAUCGAGGAGACAUACGAAGUUGAGCAGAAGGAGCGGUACACUAGAAGACGCAAGCUUAAAUAUUAAUGAGCCCAAUUUAAUAAUAGAAAUAAG